AUGGCAAUAGUAAAUUUUGACAUUUCAUAUUUUGUAUUUUUUUUUUCUUUUGCAGGAGUGGAGUACAGUGAUGUCCUACCAGAUUCCUUCCCUUCAGCUCCAGCAGAAUCUCUACCACAUUUCCUCUUGGAACCAGAAGAUGCCUACAUUGUAAAGAACAAGCCAGUGGAGCUUGUGUGUAAAGCUAAUCCAGCCAUACAGAUCUACUUUAAAUGCAAUGGGGAAUGGGUCAAUCAGAAUGAUCACAUUACUAAGGAGAGGGUGGAUGAUCUAACAGGUCUCGUGGUUCGGGAGGUCCAAAUCGAAGUGUCCAGGCAGCAGGUGGAAGAGCUGUUUGGUUUGGAGGAUUACUGGUGUCAGUGCGUGGCAUGGAGCUCAGCCGGUACCACCAAGAGCCGUCGAGCCUAUGUCAGAAUAGCCUAUCUGAGAAAGAACUUUGACCAGGAACCACUGGGUAAAGAAGUACCUCUUGAACAAGAAGUAUUACUGCAAUGUCGUCCACCGGAAGGCAUUCCACCUGCUGAGGUGGAAUGGUUAAAAAAUGAAGACAUCAUUGACCCCACACAAGACACCAAUUACCUCAUAACAAUUGACCACAAUCUCAUCAUUAAGCAGGCUCGGCUGUCAGACACAGCCAACUACACCUGCGUUGCUAAGAAUAUUGUUGCUAGGCGCAGAAGUACAACAGCGACGGUUAUAGUUUAUGUCAAUGGAGGGUGGUCUUCUUGGUCAGAAUGGUCAUCAUGUAACAACCCCUGUGGUCGGGGUAUUCAAAAGAGGACACGAAUGUGUACUAAUCCAACGCCACUCAAUGGUGGGGCCUUUUGCGAUGGUCAACCACUUCAGAAACUUGCUUGCACAACCAUGUGUCCAGUUGACGGUGGAUGGACUGAGUGGAGCAAGUGGUCAGCUUGCAGCACUGAAUGCACGCAUUGGCGGAGCAGGGAAUGUAACGCACCCACUCCUAAAAAUGGUGGGAAAGAUUGCAGUGGCGUGCCCUUAGAUUCCAAAAACUGCACGGAUGGCUUGUGUAUGCAGAACAAGAGAGUUUUAGGUGAACCAAAAAGUCAUUUGUUGGACUCAACAGGGGACAUUGCUCUCUAUGCCGGACUGGUUGUUGCCAUUUUCAUCUUCAUUGUUAUACUCAUGGCUGUCGGCAUAGUCGUGUACAGACGCAACUGCCGAGAUUUUGACACUGACAUCACAGAUUCCUCGGCAGCCCUUACAGGAGGCUUUCAUCCGGUGAACUUCAAGACUUCCAGGCACGACAAUUCUCAUUUACUACACCCAUCGAUGCAGCCAGAUCUUACAGCCAAUGCUGGGAUAUAUCGAGGGCACAUGUAUGCCUUGCAAGACUCCGCUGACAAAAUCCCCAUGACCAACUCUCCAUUGCUGGAUCCCCUUCCAAACCUAAAGAUUAAAGUCUACAAUUCAUCUCCAGUGGGAUCAUCUCCUGGAAUACAAGACGACCUGCUUGGUCCAAAGUCUGUAGUAUCAUAUCCAUCAGACACUAACCUCAUUAAUGCAAGGAAUAAAACCAUGAGUAGCCAACACUUGUUGACUUUACCCCGCGACUCCAGUAACAGUGUGACGGGUACAUUCGGAGCUUUGGGUGGAAGACUAACAUUCCCAAACACAGGGGUGAGUUUGCUGAUACCGCAUGGAGCCAUUCCACAGGGAAAAUACUAUGAAAUGUAUUUGAUGAUCAACAAAAGAGAAAACACUGUACUACCUUCAGAAGGUACACAGACAAUUUUAAGUCCCAUUGUAACUUGUGGCCCUACUGGACUUCUGUUGUGUCGACCAGUCAUUCUGACUAUUCCUCAUUGUGCUGAUAUCACCACAUCCGACUGGAUUUUACAGUUGAAGACUCAGUCUCAUCAAGGAAGCUGGGAGGAAGUUGUGACAUUAAAUGAAGAAACUCUUAACACACCAUGUUAUUGUCAGCUGGAAAGUCAGACCUGUCAUAUUUUACUUGACCAGCUGGGUACCUAUGCCUUCGUCGGGGAGUCGUACUCCAGAUCUGCUAUAAAGCGGCUCCAGCUGGCAAUAUUUGCACCUAUUCUUUGCACUUCGCUGGAAUACAACCUCAAAGUUUACUGCUUAGAGGAUACACCAGAUGCAUUAAAGGAAGUUCUGGAACUGGAGAAGACCUUAGGAGGCUAUCUCAUAGAAGAACCAAAGCCACUGAUGUUUAAAGACAGCUAUCACAACCUGCGCCUAUCUAUCCAUGAUAUUCCUCAUUCACUGUGGAGGAGCAAAUUACUGGCCAAAUUUCAGGAGAUUCCUUUUUAUCACAUCUGGAGUGGAAGCCAGAGAGCGCUGCACUGUACAUUCACUCUGGAGAGGUACAGUCUGGCUUCAACAGAGCUAACAUGCAAAAUCUGCGUGAGGCAGGUGGAAGGUGAAGGACAGAUUUUCCAGUUGCACACAAUGCUGGAAGAGAAUGCCAAAUCAUUUGAUCCUUUCUGUUCACAUCCCGGAAGCAAUGUGACAACCCAGUUAGGACCAUAUGCCUUUAAGAUUCCCUUAACCAUCCGGCAGAAAAUUUGCAAUAGCUUGGAUGCCCCAAAUGCUAGAGGAAAUGACUGGAGGCUUCUAGCACAAAAGCUCAGCAUGGAUCGAUAUCUGAACUAUUUUGCCACCAAAGCCAGUCCAACAGGGGUUAUCUUGGACUUAUGGGAAGCCUUACACCAAGAUGAUGGUGAUCUCAACACUCUUGCCAGUGCCUUGGAAGAGAUGGGCAAGAGCGAAAUGAUGCUAGUAAUGGCAACAGAUGGAGACUGUUGA